AUGGAGGGCGAGAUGACCAGCCGCAGCGGCCACCUCUCGCCGGCAGCGGGUCCGCUGGAGGAUGACAACCUGCUCCGCGAGAUCCUCCUCCGCCUCCCCCCGCAGCCGUCCUCCCUCCCGCGCGCCUCCGCUGUCUGCAAGCGCUGGCGCUGCCUCGCCUCCGACCCCCGCUUCUGCCGCCGCUUCCGCCGCCACCACCGCCAAAACCCUCCCCUCCUUGGCUUCUUCAACAGAGACAGCGACCUCUUCCCCUUCGUACCUACUCUUGAGCCCCCAAAUCGUGUCUCGCCUGGCCGCUUCUCCUUGCAGCGCCGCGAAGGCGACCGCUUCAUCUCCCUUGGAUGCCGCCAUGGCCUCGUGCUCAUCCACAACGCAUGGCCGAACAAGGUCCUGGUGUGGGACCCCAUCACCGGCGAACAGCACCACCUUGCCAUCCCCCCUGAGCUUGUGAUACAUGCGGAGAACACAGCCAUCAAUGGGGCAGUGCUUCGUGCUGCCGGAGACAUCCAACAGUUUCAUGUGGUCUUGACAGUGGUGGACAACGUCGACAAGCAAAAGCAACACAAACGAGCGCUCGCCUGGCUUUACUCUUCCGAGACCAACUUAUGGGGUGAUCUCGUCUCAACACCGGUUCCAUUCAAGGUUUCCACCUCGGAUAUUUUGGGUGAUGAAGAUGAUGUCACCUUGGUGUUUAUGGGAAAGCCCGCUGUGAUGGUUAGGGAUUCUCUUUACUGGAUUCUUGCUGGGAAUUUUGUUGGAAUUCUUGAGUUUGAUUUGGAGAAGCAAAGCCUAGCUGUGAUACGGGUGCCAGCGCAUAUGCUUGAAAAUGGGUUUUACUAG